GAGAAAAAGAUUAAAAAGAGGAACAUUUACUGUCAACAGAACAAUGUCCGGGUGUGGUGAAACAAUCCUUACAUGAGUUUCAUCAAAGUAAGCAUAAAACCGGUGUUUCUUGCAGUCACAGAAUUUAAUGAAAGCAAUGGAAAAGUUCACUCCUCCCCUACAACCUAUAACUCACCUCCCAUUUGCUGGCAACUUUCAUCAGUACAUAAAAGACUGAACCGGAGUACAGUAUCACAUACAUUGCUGCAGAUCACAACGCAAAGGAAAGACCAAUAAUCAGAAGAAUGGAUGCGAGCCACUCUUUCAACCAGCCUCCAGGGGAUUCAAAUCCAUCUGAAAAAUCAGGAAUGGCUGGAGCAGCACCACCAGCAUAUCAGCACAGUCCUGCUGGAUAUCCUCCUUCCUUUCCGAUACAGCCGGUCCCACAGGGCCCCUACAACCAGGGACCAUAUCCAGGACAAACUGUGGUCGCUGCGCAGCCUGCGGUUUUUGUGACCGCCGCUCCACUGACCAAUCCAUUGCCAGAUUACCUGGGUUACUCCAUCUUCACCAUGCUGUGCUGCUGUUUGCCUCUGGGCAUUGCUGCGCUGAUAUACUCCAUCUCUACUCGAGACGCAAACUACUCAGGUCAGCGAGAAUUAGCUGAGAAGAACUCCAAAACGGCACUCAUCCUGAAUCACAUCGGCCUUGGUAUUGGCCUCGUUGUCAUUGUAUUGAUCAUUAUCACCCAGAUUGUGAUUUUUACUGCUAGAUAAAAGCUGUUAGAGUUGACAUGGUUGGAUGAAGAUUACAAACAGACGUUUUCUGUAUUUUAAAUGUUACUUAUUAUAUUAAUAUUUCUGUGUAAGUUAUUGACAUCAAUGCAGAAGCAUUUGAGCGUGCUUUUACAAAAAUAAUUCACUCCACUAUUUUUUUACGUGUUUGAUCUAUUGUCUGAAGCUAAUGCAUUAAAAAAAUCCCACGCAUCGAUCCCAUGCAUUGUGAUCCACUUCCUGAAUGAUUCAACACUGUGGUAAAAUUAAAUGUUGUGAGAAACAUUUUUUAUAUAUAUAAAUAAAUAAAUUAUUUUAUUUUAUUUUUUAUUUGGAGGAAUGCCACUGUCUUAAAAAUAGGCCAUCCUCAGAAUGUUAAAACUGAUACAACAUGGCACAUUGUGAAAGGCAGAUAAAAACUUUACUGCUGCCGUGACAAAUGUGUCUUACCCUUAACAGUAACCCUAAAACAACAAAAAUACCAUAAGUAGUGUCAGAAGCAUAAAAGGAAGCUACCUCCAGUUUUAAUAUAUUGUGUAACACUAAACUACAAUGUAAUAAUUCAACUCGAACUUAAUAGAAAUAUCAGCCUGACAUUUAUUAGACUAAUGCAGACACUUUUAAUUAAAGUCUGGAUCCAAAGAUCGGAGAUGACCGAACACCUGAUCCGGACCCUUCAGAGGACCUCAGAUGAUGCCAACUCUGAACCAGCACACAAAACUAUUACUUAUUAUUUUCUGUCAAGCUGCUUUGCAUUUGUAUUGUGAAAAGCAUUAAAGAAACGCAAACUGCACUGAAUAUA